AUGGAGCCUGCUCGGGGGGCCGCUCCGUUUGCAGAAGUAUUGAACCCGUCGACGGAGCAUACAAACGGUCCGCCACUGCAGACUCCCACCCCGACCGGGCGCACUCGCAUCCGCAGGCGCGCUCUGGCGUGUGUCCGAUGCCGACGACGGAAGGUCCGAUGCGAUGGGGCCCUGCCGGCCUGUUCCAACUGUGCCAGGGCCGAUGAGGAGUGUUUUGAGGGCCGCGCUACUUCAUCGGUCUCGAGGACCCGACUCCAUUACUUGGAGCAGCGCGUCCAGGAGCUCGAGGGAAGAGGGAACGACGGCGACAAUCAGGGCCCCCCGCUGUCGAACAACAACCGACGGUCUUCCGCUGGCCUUGAUCAGACAGGGCAGACACCGAACCCAACCCUUCCUGCCUUUGCCCACGGCGCGGAGCAUCGACCGGCAGGUGCUUUUGCAGGACAUCAUAUCCUGGGGCAACCACCGUUGCCUGAUCACAUCCUCGGGCAAGCUCCUUCUGCAGAGUCCCCCGCGGUUUCCGUCUCCAGCCGGAUCACCCGAGAGCAGCCCCUGGCCCACGAGGUCGGGCUCAUUUCGCUUUCCAACACGUCCGAUCCCAAGUAUCUAGGGCCUUCGUCGGGCGUCACCUUCGCCCGGUUAAUCUAUGAGAGCGCCCCUCAGUCUCAGGGCUUACCAUUGUCGUAUGUUCGGGAGCAGCAGCAGCAGCAGCAAGGCGCGUCCAAUUCUACAGCCGAUGGCACUUUACUCGAUCUUCCCCCCAUCCCCUUGCCCUCUCUUGCAGACUGUCAGCAGUAUGCCGAGGCCUUUUUCAACGAGACACCCUUUUAUCCGUUCAUUUCGCAGGAUGCCUUUUAUUCAUCGCUCAAUCAUCUGCAACGGUUUAUCGAGACCUCACAGUGGAAUGGGUCCUUUUCAAUCCAACUGGCCUCUGCUCAGAUCCUGCUCAUUCUUUCCUUGGGGGCGCGAUUUCUCGAAACAAGGCUGGGGGUCAAUUACGGCGCAAGGGAUCUAUUCCUGGCUGGCAUGGCACACUGUUCGCGUGUCACCCUUCCGGAGAGCGUCGAGGGCGUACAAACCCUCUUGUUGAUGGUUCUACAUAGCUUCUACAAUCCGGAAGGUCUUAACGCCUGGUAUCUCUUACACACCAUCAUUGCCAGUUGCCUGGAUCUGGGCCUCCAGCGGCGCAACAGCAAUGCGCGCGAAACGGAUUCAACGAGACAAAACAUCCGUAGCGCUGUCUUCUGGUCUGCGUAUUCGAUGGAUCGGACUCUCACCACUAUUCUUGGUCGCCCGCUGACCCUGCGAGAUGAGGCUAUAGAUCAGAGCUUUCCGGGUAUGGAUGGCAGUGAUGAAGUAGAGGAAUCAGCGAUUCGAUGGCAGCAUUCAGUACAUGGCGCGGCAGCACAUCGUGCGCCCCCAGAGCAGGUCCCAGCGGAGUACAUGGCGUGCAUCUACUCUUUACGGUUCGAUCGUAUUGUCGCUGAGAUCAAGCUGAUGAUCUACCGCGUCGCUCGCUCGCCCCGUCGGUUCCCCUGGCCUCAGAACCUAUCUGAAUGGCAGCAAGAGGCACGUAAGGCGUGUGUUCGACUCAUGGACGAAGUCCGCAGCCGGCAGCGAGGUCGCCCACUGGGGAGAGUCAAUCCAUUACCAGGAACGACGGUGCAGCGGCUCGAGAUCAAAUACCACCAGUGCAUUAUGCUCCUGUACAGGCCGAGUCCCCAGCUGCCGCAUCCGGGACUAGAGGCCGUCCAGGAGUGCUUCAGCAGUUCCAUGAGCAUCAUCCACAUCCAUGCCGAGCUUCAUCGCUUCUCGAACAUGGAAUGCUCGUGGCUGUCGGCACACUCCAUCUUUGUUGCCGCGAUCACCAUGCUUUACUGCGUAUGGAUUUAUCCCGUAGUCCGGGGCUCGACCCCAGUAGCGGAGUGCUUGACUCGCGCUGAAAAAGCUCUUGAGCUGCUGUCCUUUCUCAGCCAGUGGUGGUCGGUUGCUCGCGAGCCAUGCCACAAGCUGUCGCGGCUGAUCUCCUUGACUCGAGAGGGCCCGGAGUCGGCACUGAGAAACUCUUGGAAUCCCACUUCAGUCAGGGGUCCAAUGGCAAGGCAGGACGGUGGCAAUGACGAGUUCAUUCCAGAUGAUGGCAGGUCAGUGCUGAUUGACGAGCUGGGCAUUCUGCGAGAUCUUUUCGACCUGGGCUGGUUGAACGAUUGGGCAGCAGACACUGCACCCUCAGCGUGGGAUACAAACCAGCUGAUGCCGGACUGCGGGUCUAGUGGUGGUUCUAACAAUUUCAAUGUGUAA